AUGACGAUCACGUAUCAAAACCAUCCUUUUGUUUUAUGGGCUGCUUGCUUUUUAUGGCUUAUUUCUAUGUUUGCCAUAACAUGGUCGCUACUUUUAUUCUUCUUUGUCGGUGAUAUACUGCUAUUGACUGGAACUGAUUUAGUUAAUGCAUUUCUACUACUCUCUGGCAUAAUAAUGCUGCCUACAAAUGUUCAUAUUCUAUAUUCUAUUGCUAAAGGAAUACGGAUCGAUCCCAAAAGUAAGGUAAUGUGCUGUCCUCUAUGGUCAUGUAUACUAUGGAUUAUCAUUAUCAACAUUAUUGGCAUUAUUUUGUGUGUAAGGAGAAUACAUUCCUGUCAAGAGACGACGUUUAAUUUUAUCAGUCAUAGCAUGAAAUAUUAUAGAAGCAUCCCAAAAUAUAAACAUUUUAUUGAUAAUUUGCAGUGGUCGCUACAUUGUUGUGGGUUAAAUUCUUACAAAGAUUGGUUCACACACGACUGGUAUGAUAAAAUACGCGAUUAUGAAUGGGAUCCCAUAGCAAAUAAACAAACUGUUCGAAGUAUAAGAGAAGCAUCUGAUAGUGUCCCCUUAAGUUGCUGCAAAAGCGGAUCUUGUAUAUCAAGUUACUUAACGGAGUUGGGUACCCAUUCUAUAAAUACAAGUGGAUGUGGUGAAUUAAUGUACCGUAUCAUCAUGAUUUCAAUGUAUGCGCACUUACUCUUGUUCUUCUUGGUUAUUAUUAUUGAGGGCUUAAUCCUACAAUUCAUAAUACGCAAGCAAGAUUAUAGCUGUGAAAACACUAAAAAGAACUUAAAACAUAUAAUGUCCGUAAAUAACAAUUUUGAAGCGUCCAGUAGUUCGUAUCAAAUGAACUCGGAGGACAGUGAAGAUUUAGAGUCGAGAAAAAAGGAAAAUGAUUAA